CAGGAUGAUAUCACCUCCCAUUAUACCCUGACCGUCAAUCGAAUCCCAGCAUCAGGCGUGGAAAAACUGCUCCGCACCCAAGCCGGAGUUGCAGCGGACUUUUUAUGCCUCGGUGAGUUUCCACCUAUGAGGGCCCUGGUCGGACAUGGACUUUUCAUCUCCGGAGCUCUGCAGAUGGACCCGAUUGUGGGGAGAGUAAUCUGAUGUUUGAUUCGUGGUAAGAUGGAGAAAGAGAUCCAGCAUUUCGGAGGAGACUACUGCAUUGGUACGCUUGAGGUCUGAUUGCAGCUGGCCUGCAGGGAAGUAUAGUUGAGUGAGGUGGAGUUGCCUUGCAACUAUGGAGCCCACUAUCACGAGAGGUACGUCGUCUGUCAUGAUCGGGGAAGAGUGUAUAAAGCAGCUCCAUUUUGCUUUUCUUUCCCCGGAGACAAGACGACAAAAGAAAGAUUAGAGUGAGAGUCGCUCGCUCUCACUCACUGAUUGCUAUUAUUGCCGUCAUGGCUACAACCCGACCAACCCCGCGACGCCUAACAGCGCUCACCACUCUCCUUCUUCUCGGUCUAUCAUCAUCGGCAUCUGCCCUCCCAAACAACAACAACAACAACAACAACAACAACGCAGGCCUACAGCUUCGGGCCAACCCCCCUUCGUCGUCGACGUCACCGUCACCGUCAUCAUCCCCCUCACCCCCAACUGUGACCCUCAUCUCCUCCUCGCAGGACUCCCAAGAAUCCACCGUCUUCAUCGGCCGCGCCCUCCCCGAGUUUGCCCAAGACCUAUUCCUAGGCAUAAAAUACGCCGACGAACCGCGCCGCUUCACGUCGUCGACCCUCAAGACCCGGUAUGAGGCGAGCGAUAGUGAUAAUGCUAGCAAUGCGGGAACCUCGGCCUCGUCAACGUCAACCUCAACUACGCCGCAGCAAGCAUCCGGGAAGAAUGUAGUCUACUACAACGCCACGCAGUACGGCUACGACUGUCCCGGCUACGGCAGUGACGAGACCACGCUUGUGAAUGCCGGGUUGACGCGGCUGAGCGAGAAUUGUUUGAGUUUGAAUGUUGUGAGGCCUGCUACUGUCACCAAGUCCAAGACCCAGACCCAAACCAAGGUCACUGGGGCUGGGAUUCAGGAUAAUGAGGAGGAUGAAGAGUUGUUGCCGGUUAUGAUUUGGAUUUUCGGGGGUGGGUGGAUGCAGGGAGCUACUUCCGAUCCUAGGUAUAACAUGAGCUAUAUCCUGCAUCAGGGCGCGUUGAAUGGUAAGCCUGUCGUCGGGGUGUCGAUUAACUACCGGGUGGCGGCGUUUGGGUUCUUGGAUUCGAAAGAGGUCAUGGAAUCUGGGAAUACAAACCUCGGACUGCGGGAUCAACGGGUCGCUAUGCGGUGGGUGAAAGAGAAUAUCAGGGCGUUUGGAGGCGAUCCGGAGAAGAUUACGAUUUGGGGCGAGUCUGCAGGUGCGUAUAGUGUUGGUGCUCAUCUUGUGACGAAUGACGGGAACAAUGAGGGGCUAUUUAGGGCUGCGAUCAUGGAGUCUGGCAACGCAGUCGGUCCUCCCUGGAACGGCACCGAGUGGUACCAGCCGAUGUAUGACCAAAUCGUGAACAAGACCAACUGCACCACCGCAUCCGACACACUCGAAUGUCUCUGCGAGGUCCCCUUCGAAACCUUUUACCCUCUCGCCUACAACGGGCUCGAGUGGUUUGGCACCAUCGACGGAACCUUCAUCAAGGAGAAGCCGCAGAUCAGCAUCACGGAAGGCCGGUUCGCCAAGGUGCCCAUUCUGCACGGGACCAACACCGACGAGGGCACGAGCUUUGGCACGACAGGCACCAACACCGACGAGCAGUGUAUUGAGCAGUUGAUCGCCUCCAAACGAUGGGUCCUCGACCGCGACCAAGCCACGCAUCUCCUAGGUCUAUACCCUAACAUCUCAGCCAUUGGCUGCCCCUACGGCUGGGGCAACGUCACCUGGCCGUCGCGAGGGUACCAAUAUAAACGGUACGCCUCGAUGGCGGGAGACCUGUGCAUGGUCGCGCCGCGGCGCCUGCUGAGUACGCAGAUGGCGCAAUAUGAGCGGGAGGUGUAUGCUUACCGGUGGGACGUGGCUGCGUUGAACCAGACGAACGUGAUCGGAGUGCAGCAUUUCGCAGAGAUCCCCUUCGUCUUCGCCAACCCCGACCAAACCAUCACGCCCCUCGGCGCGAAUCCCGCGCGUCUGGCGCUUGGUAAUCUGGCCGCGAGGAUGUGGACGGCGUUUGUGACGGAUCUGGAUCCGAACGGCCAUGGUGUGAAAAACAUCCCCCAAUGGCCGCGCUAUACCCCGGGCCAGAACCCCUCGAACUUCGUCUUCCGGUUACCUCGGACGGAAAGCUAUGUGGAGGAGGAUACGUACCGGGCGGAGGGGAUCGAGUAUAUCAAUUCGAUCGCGCGGUAGUUCCGGUUCCCCGGAUUUCGGAGAUGGGUCCAUCUUCUGGGGUGGAUCUGGAGUUCUGCACCUUGCAGGGCGAAAGAUUACGUAGUUCGCGAUGUCUAUACAAUCGGUAGUUUCUUGGAUAGAGUCUAUGGUUGUCAAUCAC